GUCACCCCGCCAUGGGUAAUAUUCAAGAUGAAAAGCGACAGACAGUCGUUCAGGUUCUUCCGGAUGGUGUGAGCGAUGAAGCCGAGUUUGCACAGGAGUUCACUCGAAAGGAACAUGCGCUGGGGUUCCGGGAAGCCAUGCGACGGCACUGGCCGGCCGUGGCUUGGGCGUCGUUCAUAAACCUGGCGACCAUUUUGAAAGGCAUUGAUGGCGGUAUUGUCAAAGGUCUAGUCGGUCUCGAUGUCUUCAAAAAGACAUACGGCUACAACUACCAUGGUGAAUACGUCUUAGCUGCUCAGUGGAUCUCCGCCUUCCAAUACGCCAACUUACUAGGAGCCAUCGUGGGCGCCCUCUGCUCGGGCUUUGCUUACGAUCGCUUCGGUCCACGAGUGAUGAUAGCUGUGUGCUCGUGUCUGUCCAUCGCAUUCAUCUUCGUGCAGUUUUUCAGUCAUACGCCAGCCCAGUUGUUUGCGGGGGAGCUCAUAAAUGGGUGCAUCAUCGCAUUUUACCCCAUUUGUGCCUCCGCAUACGUGGGAGAGGUUACCCCGCUGGCACUCCGCGGGUUCGCGGCUACAAUGACCAACCUUGCCUUUUCGAUCGGGUCGCUCAUCGCAUCGGGCAUCCUAAAAGGCACUGAAUCGCUGAACACCACCAUGUCGUACAAAAUCCCCAUCGCGACGCAGUGGGCGCUACCAUGCAUCAUGCUGGCGCUGAUUUUCUUCUGCCCUGAUCCACCAUACUGGCUGUGUCGGCAUGGGCGAAACGAAGCGGCACUAGCAUCACUGCGGCGUCUAGCAACUCCAGGUGUAGAUACACUGCGUCUAGAAGCCAGUUUCCAGGCUGACCGACCGACAUACCGGGAAUGUCUGCGUGGGCCAAACCUCCGCCGCCUGCUGAUCUGCGUGAUGGCUUACAACAUGCAAGCCUUCACGGGAAAUGUCUUCUUCAUCAACUACGCCGUGCAUUUUAUGGAGCUGGCGGGCUUGGACUCGUCAAAUGCAUUUUCGAUGAACAUCGGACUGACGGCGCUGGGACUUGUCGGAACAUGUCUAUCGUGGCUAUUACUGCCGUAUGUGGGCCGCCGAACGAUGUACAUCUUCGGGUGCUCCGCUUUGGCGGUGGUACAGUGCCUGAUCGGUGUGCUCGACGUCGUCCCACGAGACAAUGCCACGGUAUGGGGACAGUGUGGGCUCAUGCUGGCCUGCACGUUCGUGUAUGAUCUCAGUCUCGGGCCAUUCUGCUAUGUGCUGCUGGCGGAAGUCUCAUCGGCGAGACUGCGGGGACUGACCAUCGCGCUGGCCACAGUCAGCUGCUUUGUGUGGUCGGUAGUGUUCGCAGUAGUGAUACCGUAUGCGAUGAACGAAGACGAGGGGAACUGGCGAGGCAAGAUGGGAUUUUUAUUUGCGGGGUUGGGCGCACUGUGUGCAGGUUAUUGCUUCUGGUGGAUGCCAGAGACGCAAGGAAAGACGUUUGAGGAAUUGGAUGUGCUAUUUGAGAAGGGCGUUCCCAGUCGAAAGUUCAAAAAUUGUGUGGUUGAGAUGCAGUAA